GGAUAUCAUUGGUGAAGACUCUUCCCCACCCACCACUCCCUCCAGCCAGGGCAGGCAGGAAAAACUGAAUUACCAUGUACCGUGGAGAUUAUGCAUGGAAAUUUUACAGGAAAGAUAAGAACUCUAUUAGUAUCUGUCCUGUGUUAGAAGACCGGCAACCACCUCAAUAAACUGCCAUAUUAUUGCUAAGCCAGAACAAAUUACAGUUAGUUCUGGUAACGGAAAGCACUACCUCGGUUGUCACUCAAGUCCAGAAACUUGCCCGGUCUAUUCAACAAACAUGCAACUGUUAUGCUGCUGACGAUUGUAGAAGGUGCUCAUAGAGGGCUUCAAGCACAAACACCCGACUGAAGAAAAGUGUGGCUUCAUUUGACAUUAAUCUUGAAGCCGCUUUGUCAUUUUGGUAUAUUUGAUAGAUCAACUGUAAAGUAAUCAUCCACGUUAAAGUUAUCGAAUCCUUUGGAGGAGGAGGAGCAGGUUGUGGUGGUGAUGGUGGUGUCGGAGAGAGUGGGAGGACAAUAUCGAUCACCACGAUAGAGUAACUCACUGAGCGAGUUCGUGAGUGAGGCAGUUAGGUGAGGAGGCAGUGUGGAGUACACAGCGGCUCAAGUUACGGUGUUGUGGCGGGCACGAGCAACAGCUGCGUUUAGGCAGAAAUAGAAGUCAGCUGUAAACCUUGAAAACUGACAAAACACAAUCCCUCGACAAAUACUGGACACCUCACUAAAUAACACCGGACCUGCCACGACUUGAGGAUUGGCGCCAAGAUUAACUUCAGGCAACGGUGCCCGCCAUCAGCAGCAACAACAGUGACCACUCCUGAACUUGUCACGGCAUGGUUUUCCAACACCGCAGCUCCACCCUGACCCUGGGGAUCAUGAGGGUGAUGGGCUGGUUCCCUUACCAAUGGGGGAACUUUGCCUCACUCCACAUAACACAAGAGCGGCGCGUGCCUCGGAGCUGGCCUUGGUUCACGUGGAGCCUCGUCAUCGGGACGCUCAACGUCUUACUUUGCUUCGUGGAGAUUCACUCGGGAUUCGAAAUUAAACCGUCAUAUGAAAUUCCGACGCUAAAAGUGACUCGAUCUCUGUAUUGCAUAUACCAGGGCGUCCUUGGCUUUGUGAUGUGUGUGUACGCUCUGGUGUACAGCCCAAGACUUGCCAUGGCCGUCAGCCACGCUCAUCACAUAUGCCACGACUUGAAAUUUCCAGCAGGCUCCGCAAGGGAAGUGUUAAUUCUCUUAUUACUUUUUUUACACAUUGCACUGAUCCUGUUGCUGUGUUCCGUUGAGUUAGUGCACCAAGAAGCUUUCUCUCCAAAGGCUUGUGCAAACAUUUUGACUCAUGUGUUCAAAAACGCAUAUCUUUCCUUGACAGUCAUUACGUACAACAAUUGUAUUUACAUCCUUACCGCCGCAUACUCCAGAGUCACUGAACGGAUCACAGGACGUGAGCACACCACGAAAUUUGAAUCAAAGAGAAAUGUUGCUUCAAUCACGUCAACACAGCACGAGGCCUCGGAGGACGUGACCGACGAGGACUAUGAUAAUAUAGGGCGACGACUCCUCGGGCUUCAAGCUUUCCAUCAUCAAGUGAACCGCUACUUUGGGCCUGCCAUCGUCAUGGUCGUGACUUACUGCAUGUUUACAAGCAUCGUCUCUUUUUUCUACCUCUCCCUGUUUCUUUCCAUUAGUUGGAAGUCCCUCACCUUUACUUGUGUAUACAUGUUCCUGAGCACGCAGCCACUCAUCCUGCUCAACAACACGCCCGUCCAACUCAACACAAAGAAAGACGAUUUCCUGAACGCACUGACAACUACCAGGCACCAGGGAGGCGCGGUGCAGGACUUAAACAACCUGGCGAAGGACUUUCCCAACUUCGAUAUGUGUGGGUUCUUCUCUCUGGACAGGAAGCUCCUUGUCAACAUCUUGAGCUUCAUCGCCACCUACGUCAUCAUUCUCCUUCAGUUCCAUGCCGGAAAACCAGAAUAUUAGGACAGAACAGAGACACCGGGGAGAAGAAAGGAAGAAUUCUGAGACACCACCAGAGAGAGAGAGAGAGAGAGAGAGAGAGAGAGAGAGAGAGAGAGAGAGAGAGAGAGAGAGAGAGAGAGAGAGAGAGAGAGAGAGAGAGAAAGCAAUGGAAGAAUAAAAAAAAAUCAACAACAUGAACUCGAAUAAAGAAAAGAAAACAGCAGAAGAAAAAAAAAAAAGAAAAUUGGUAAUCGGAUUAAGACUGCAGAAUAUUAAGUGAUCAAAUAUUUAUAUAAAGAAAAUAAAUAAAUAAAUAAAAAAAAAAUGAGGAUAUAGAAAAGAAAAUGUAAAAUGAACGAAA